GUUCAACUUCCAUGAUACACCUAACCAUCCUAACCCCCGCAAGAUUGACAAACAGUUUUAACUGAGUGCAGAUUUCACGUGCCUAUGAUAUUGAGCACGUGAUAUGAGGUCACUAGUGUGCACACAAUACUUUGACCCUCUCUUUUCUUGCCACUUCUGCUGAUAUAAAGGGUCUUGUGAUGUCCUCUAAGUUGGAAAAGCGACGUAGCUUUUAGGACCAAGUUACGCGGUCUCAAUAGCAACUCACGCCAGCAAGUAAACUGGACCAGGUUUUAGAUCCGCUCGGCUUGUACACAUUCCAUUCGAUAAGAUCCACGAGGAGCUUCUUCCUUCCCAAUGGGCGCAGCCACGUACCGACGAUGCGGUCAUUCUCAAAGGCUGCGGCGCAGUCGGGGACACGCCGCGGCGGACGAUCAACAUCGGAUCUCUUCGGAUAUCUCUGCUACCCCAGGCCGCAGGCAACUCCGCCAUGGCGAAGGUUGCCCAAUGCCCGCGGGGACUAUAAGUAAAUGAUACCCUUGAGCCUGGACGUCGUCCGAUCCCCCGCAUCGCCCGCCGAUGGACGAUUCCGCCCCCGCUGGCAUGCAGUCCCUCCCGUUUUGGAAACGUCCCUCGGUGUGGUGGGUGGUGGUGUUUGCCCCGCUGGAGUUGCUCUUGCUCACGUCGGUCGUGGCCGCGAACGUGGAGUUGUUCACGAACAUUGUGUGCCGGGUGCACAAUUCGGGGAACGUCGGCGUGGUGGCUCCCCCAGUCGGCGGCAUCCCGUACGACGCGGCCGCGUACUCCCCCUGGCUGAAUGCGACUGGGACACAAGCGAACUUGGGCUAUGGCGGCGCCCCCCAGCCAACGUUCAGCUCGUGUGCGACCGACCCCGUGGUGCAGGCGGCUGUGGCCAAGCUUACGACCGUCUUGGCAACCACCGCGGGCGUGCUCUCUUUCUUGACGGUGGGGUGGUGGGGCUCGCUGUCUGAUCGCCUGGGCCGGACAACCGUCAUCCGAGUGUACAUUCUUGGACAGUUUCUUCCACUCCUGAACACGAUUCUCGUCGUCAAUUUUGUCGAUGUGCUUCCUGGAGGAUACUGGUUUCUCCUGCUUGAUAGCGUCGUGCUCGGGCUCUUCGGAGGGAUAGCGACUUUCACGGCCGCCUUAAACGCAUAUAUGUCGGACAUCUCCACACCAGAGACCAGAUCGAGCAACUUUUCGCUUGGGAUGGGCUCUCUGUUGCUUGGGAUGGGCAUUGGGCCUCUAGCCGGGAGCUUCGUGGUCCGCAUCUCCGGAAACGUCUUGAACCUGUAUUAUGCAGCGUUGGCAUUCCGCCUGCUUGUCUUUUGUUUCUCAUUCGCCAUUCCCGACUCGCUGAGCGCGGAGAAGAAACAUCUGGCGGCUGUGAAACACCGAGAGGAACUCGACGUCCUCGGCGCGAAUCGACCGCAUAGUCGUUUGAAAGAUAUUCUAUUCUUUUUGGAGCCGCUGUUGAUCCUAUGGCCCAAUCCGGUCCCAGGAAUUACUGCGCAGCGCCAAUGGGGGCUUCUGAUCCUCGCAAUGGCACAAGGGAUCUUCGGAUUGCUUGCAGUGAGUGACUUGCAUCUGGACCGUUCCCAGCUCAUCACUGCCAACAAGUCUGCGAUGAUGCCGCAACUCCUCUAUGCAUUGAUGACGUUUGAUUGGGAUGCUGAAUACGUCGGGUAUUGUCUCAGCAGCAUCGGAUUCGCCCGCGCAAUCUAUUUGAUUGGCAUUCUACCUUCCAUCGUCAAGUUCGCCAAGAAUCGACAUGCGAGCAAGAUCCGCGAGAUGGAGAGGGAGCCUCUGUUGCAUCCCGGGAAACUUGUCCCGUCCGCUGCGGCCGUGGACAUGCAAUUGGCCCGCGCAUCUGCUCUGGUCGAAAUCUUCAUUUGCGCUAUGCUCCCGUGGGCUCCGUCCGGCGUGAUUUUCAUUGCUAUCUUGUCCUUCGGCUGUCUAGGGUCUGGGUUUGGGCCUGCGAUACACAGCGUUGCGCUAGAGCUGUUCUCGCACAAGGUCGGCAAGGAAACAGCCGCUGUCGAGUCGGGCAAGCUGUUUGGCGCACUGGGCGUCGUGCAGGCUUUGUUUGGUACCCUGAUCGGCCCCCCCUUGUAUGGCUUUGUGUAUGCGGCAACCGUGGCCACGUUCCCCGCGACCAUCUUCUAUCUUUCGCUCGUAUUUGUUACCAUUUCCUUUAUCCUGCUCCACUUGAUCCGUCUCCCCCGAGUGGUAACGGACCCGUCUGAGGAUGAAGUAUAAUCGGGCGCUUAUAUUUGUAUACCUUGCAACACUCCUUGUGAACUUUUAUUCAUUUUCUGUGUAGAUAGAUUCUGUUAGAUCACGCGCGUGGACGGCCUUCGAUCUUUACCUUACCUUCAAUAUAGAUCGCGCUAUCU